AUGGCCAAGGUUGGAUUGGACGGGGUUUGGGGUGUUGGAGAUGAUGAAAUUGGGGACGUUCCAUCGUUGGAAGUGGCCAAGAAAACUCAACCCAACCCAAACCCAACCCAUCCCACCUCAACCAACCCAACCAACUCAACCCAACCCUACCCAACCCAUCCUGGACCUCCCCGGGGCGACGUGGGCGAAGCGCGGGCCGGGGGCUUUGGGCUCACCCGUGGCCGGGUGCUCCCAGAGCCCCCCCUUGCCCCCGCAGAGGCCGGGCUGCUGAGCGAGCAGGAGGAGGACGAGCCCCCGCCGGGCCAACCGGAGGCGGGCGACGCCGAGGGGACGCCGCCGGCGCCCAAACCCAAGGGACCCAACCCUCCCGGCGGCGGCGAGGGGACGGCGACGACCGGCGAGCCGCCGAAACCCGAGGGGCCGCCCCGCGCCGGCAAGCGGGCCGGCAAAUCGGGCCACCGGGCCGGCUUCAAGAAGUUCCCCCAGCGGAGCCUCCUCGGCCACGGGCGGUGCCACGACUGCGGCAAAGCCCUGGCUUUCGGCGCCGCCUUCACCAAGCGCCGGCGCGGGGCGGAGAAGCCCUACAAGUGCCCCGAGUGCGGUAAGUGCUUCCGGCUGAGCUCCACGCUCAUCACCCACCAGCGGCGGCACGCCGGCGAGAAGCCCUACAAGUGCCCCGAGUGCGGCAAGAGCUUCAGCGUGGGCUCGGCCUUCAUCCAGCACCAGCGGGUGCACGGCGCGGCGGCGGCGCCGUGCCAGUGCGGCGUCUGCGGCAAAACCUUCCCGGCCAGCUCGGGUUUGGUGAAGCACCAGAAGCAGCACCUGGAGGAGAAGCCCUACAAGUGCGGCGACUGCGGCAAGGGCUUCAACUGGAAUUCCCACCUGGAGCGGCACCGGCGCAUCCACACCGGCGAGAAGCCCUACGCCUGCCCCGAGUGCGGCAAGAGCUUCAGCUGGAGCUCCCACCUCGACCGGCACCGGCGCACCCACGCCGGCGGCGCGGGGCAGUGCGGCGAGUGCGGCAAGGGCUUCGGCAAGGGCCCGGCCACUUUGGCCAAGCGCCGGCGUUUGGCCGGCGCCGCCGCCGAGAAGCCCCACAAGUGCGGCGAGUGCGGCAAGGGCUUCGGGCUGAGCGCGGCGCUGCUGCAGCACCAGCGCGGCCACGCCGCCGGCAAGCCCUACGAGUGCGGGGACUGCGGCAAGAGCUUCGCCUGGAGCUCCCACCUCGACCGGCACCGCCGCAUCCACGCCGGCGAGAAGCCCUACCGCUGCGGCGACUGCGGCAAGGGCUUCUCGCAGGGCUCCCACCUGGAGCGGCACCGGCGCGUCCACGCCGAGCCCUGCUGCGGCAAGCGGCGGCGGGGGGCGCGCGGCGAGCGGCCCGGGGGUUGCGGCGAGUGCGGGCAGAGCUCGCGGUGGGGCGCCCGCCCCCGGCCGCCGAGCCACAAGUGCAGCGAGUGCGGCAAGAGCUUCCCGCAGCGCGCCGAGGGCGUCAAGCACCAGGGCACGCAGACCGGCGAGAAGCCCUACACCUGCCCCGAGUGCGGCAAGAGCUUCGGGCAGAACUCGGCGCUGGUCAAGCACCGGCGCAUGCACACCGGGGAGAAGCCCUACAAGUGCGGCGACUGCGGCAAGGGCUUCAUCCAGAAGUCGGACCUGACCAAGCACCGGCGCAUGCACACCGGCGAGAAGCCCUACAAGUGCCCCGAGUGCUCCAAGUGCUUCAGCGUCUCCUCCAACCUCAUCAAGCACCGGCGCAUCCACCUGGGCGAGAAGCCCUACGGCUGCCCCGAGUGCGGCAAGAGCUUCAUCCAGCGCUCCGAGCUCACCAUCCACCGCCGCGUGCACACCGGCGAGAAGCCCUACAAGUGCCCCGAGUGCGCCAAGUGCUUCAGCCGCAGCUCCCACCUCAACCGGCACCAGCGCACCCACGCCGGGGACAAGGCCAAGGGCGACGCCGCCAACGACGCCGCGCCGCCCCCGCCGCCGCCGCCCCCCGGCGCCUUCCCCGCGCCCCCGCUGCCCCCGUUCCCCGCCGCCCCCGCCGCCCUGCCCCUGCCCCCCCUGGAGCUGCCCUGGGCCCUCCCGUUCCCGGCCCGAGCCUUCCCCCCGCCCCCCGCCUUCCCCCCGGCCGCCUCCCCCCCCGGCGCCCCCCCGGCCUCGUCCCUCAUCAACUGAGCGGAGGCGGGGCGACGGGACCCCCACCCCCCCGCUGGGGU